AUGAGACUCAACGAACAUCUUCAGAUUAUCGGUAAAAACGUUAUCCUGGUACCGUAUGAGAGUAAACAUGUGGAAAAAUAUCACCAGUGGAUGAAAAGUGAAGAAUUACAGGAACUAACCGCUUCGGAACCACUAAGCCUCGAGCAGGAGUACGCCAUGCAACAAAGCUGGCGUAAUGAUGAAGACAAGUGUACCUUUCUCAUCCUGGAUCGCCAAUGCUAUGAACAAACGACGGACGAAAUAGAAGCUCUCGUGGGUGACACAAACAUCUUCAUCCAAUCGAACACGGAAGACGACCCGGCGCUGAAACGGGAUGUAGGCGAAAUUGAAAUAAUGAUCGCUGAACCAGCCGCUCGGGGGAAACGUUACGGUUGGGAGGCUACACUGUUAAUGCUGCUUUACGGCGUGGAACAUCUGCACCUGCGGCAAUACAUCGCCAUCACGAAGGACACGAAUGAGCGUGCGAUGAAAAUGUUCGAACGAAUGAAAUUUCGGGAAACGAAACGUACUCCUAUCUUCCAUGAGGUCAGCUUCGGACGACCGGUCGAGGAAGAUUGGAUCGCGUGGUUAAAGCAUGAGGUAGGAUCGCACGCGAUCAAACACUACCCUACUAAAGAUUUGCAUUCGGAAUAG